AUGAGCGCACCCACGUCAAUCCUUAACACAGGCUCUGAUUCAUGUUUAGCGCUCGCUGGGCAGCGUAACGUGCAAACCCAACCGUCCCAACUGGACAAACUUCACCAGAAGAUGCUCAGAGUAACGGAACAGUUGCGCAUAGAGAAGAUCCAACGGGAGGAUCAUUUUUCAGAGUAUCUGCAGCUUGUUCGCAAUGCAGACAAGCAGCAGAGCAAACGCAUCAAGCAGGUGUUCGAGAAAAAGAAUCAGAAAUCAACACAGAACAUGGCUCGGCUUCAGAAAAAACUAGAGCAAUAUCACCAAAAGAUAAGAGAGAUAGAGUCCAGUGGCGAAGUACCCACUCAAGUGUCGUUAAAGGACUUCAAAGUGAUAUCCAAGGAUAACCUAAAGGAAUGUGUGGAUGGGCGACAGGCCAGUCUAAAUAAAGCGAAAACACUUGGCCCAAGCAGUUCCCAACCUUAUUUCGACAGCAAGCGUGCCAGCUUCGCCCGCAACUCGUUCGGAAGUGCAGACAACAUUACGCAUCUAAAGAGCUCUGCAGAAACAUAUGGUGUUCUGGGUAGGAGUGGUGCUCUCACAGCCAAACACAAAUACUCGAGUGAUGAUGAAUGCUCAACAGAGACUUCUCUUUCGGUCGAGAGUAACGGACAGUCAAGGGUUUUACUGUCAGGGGUGGGGACAUGGCAAUGUGCAGAGAGCUCCAUCAGGCUGGAACAGGCUAUGGAGGAGAUCCGAUUAGUGAGGGAGGUACAGAAUCAGUUGGCAGAGGACCUGGGAGCUCUGACAGUACAGCUCAAACAAGAUUCCGAAGUUAUGAGGCAGUCAUUACAAGAGGAGUGCUACAGAUUGGAACAGUUGGAGGAUCAGCUGAGUGAUCUUACUGAACUCCAUCAGAGGGAGACCACCUCACUGAAACAGGAGUUAGCCAGCAUGGAGGAGAAAGUAGCCUAUCAAGCUAAUGAACAAGCCCGUGAUUUACAGGAGGCUCUGGAGGUGUGUCAGACUCGUAUGAGUAAACUGGAAUUACAGCAGCAGCAACAGCAGCAGAUAAUCCAGCUUGAGAGUACGGAUGCCAAAGUUCUACUGGGGAAAUGUAUCAAUAUUAUGCUGGCUAUUGCCACAGUGAUCCUCAUGUGCACUUCUACCAUGGCUAAGUUUACUUCGCUGCUGCUGCGGAGUCGCAUGCACGUGUGUGGGACGUUAGUGUGUGUGUUUCUGCUCGGAUUUGGCUGGAGCAGUUGGGAGCAUGUACAGUGUGCUGUCCAGCGCAUGUUGUUGCCCAGCUGA